GGGGUGACAGGAGCGGGCGCGGGUAAUGGCGAGCGGCCGUGGCGGGGCAGCAGCAGACGACGCUACCAUGGCAGGCUUCCAUGACAAGAACUCACGGGUGGUGGGCACAUGGAAGAUUAUCGAGUGCGUGUCCUUGUCGGGGUCGUCAGAAGCUACAGGCAUUGAAGGCACAGAGUUUGUCCUGUCCGAGGCCGGUGAUGUGACAUGGAGUGUGACGGACAGCUGUGACGCCCUGCCGCUCUUCUCCUGCCAGAUGUACGAGCUCUACACCUACCAGAACCUCCAGUGUUAUGGCAAUCGCACGCUGCUACGCUUUGCAGCCUACAACGGACACAUCAUUGAGUUCAGGUUGGACCAGCCGGUGAUGUCACGAGACCUGAUGCUUCUUACAUAUGAUGGCUGGUUCAUGCUGCAGUGCGAGAAGCUGGGCACCCCGGAUGUCUCCCCCGACCUGCCCUACUCGCUGCUGCCGGCUCUCCACGAUGGCUACUUCUCCGACGUCACCAUCACUGCCAAGUCUGGGAGGAAGUUUGAGGUACACAGCAUCAUCUUGGAGUCCAGUGAGCCUGACAUGGACUGGAAGUGUUUGGAGGGACUGGACGACCCCGCCCUUGAGACAGUCCUCCACUACCUGUAUGCUCGCUGCCUGCCCCCAACCCUCACGCCUGACACCGCCCGCCGCACCCUGGAGGCCACCGCGCACCUCCUCCCUGCUCUCACCGACCUCAAGGAGAAGUGCGACGUCUUUAUCCGCAACACCGCCCUCAGAAAUAGGUUGGUAUCACUGAUGGAGGAGGUGCAGGAGUGUGUGGAGGUGAUGGUACAGAUCUUCAACCCAGCGGACCCAGCGGUGACCAGCCCGACCCACCUCAUCGCUGUACUCAAGGCGGCUCUCAGACAGAUGGCCAUUGGUGUGGUGAAGGUUGUGGAGCUGAGCCAGGAGUUUGAGCGGUGUGGGUGGCAGCUGACCCAGAGCGAGCAACACGAGGCCAUGCGCUACACUCGCUCCCGCCUCCCGCCGCUGCUGGUGACGGUGGUGCGCCUCCUCGGGAACAUGCACGCCUCCCUCCUCGCCCUCAACCACCACAAGCGACAGCAGUUGGCACAGCAGCUCGUCCCGGAGAUCAGCUCGGUGCUGCAGACGGUGUGUGUGGACGUGGGCUCCCUGAGGACCAGCCUGGAGCACAUCAUCCAGGCCUCCUCCACCUCCCUCGAGUCCUCGCACUCACCCACGCACCUCCUCGCCAAGUCCCUCAGGAAUGACCUCCACCUCCGGGAGCUCCAGAAGCUGCGGAUCCUUCAGGAGAACCUCACGUCCUUCCUCAACUCCCUGGUGCAUAAGCGGGAGCAGUUUGAGGAGAUGGGCGGCGGGGCGCGGGUGCGGGGCGUGGCGCGCAUCAUCAGCCACUUCACGGAGGAGCUGAUGGUGCUGCCGCAGAGGCUGGAGGAGGUGGCGCAGGCCCUCGAGGACAUGAUGGAGUGGUCCGAGUACAAGUUUGUGUUCAAGGGCGCCACGUCAAAAGUGGGCAGCAUUGUGGAGCGCCUGGUUGAGCACCGCGGGGUGAUGGAGGCGCUGGUGCUGGAGAUGGUGGAGCGCGUGGGCCACCCUGCCUUCACCGCCUCCCUGCAGCACCUGGGACUCCUGGCGCCCUCGCAGCACCCAUCGGCGGGGGAGUCGCCCUCGCCGGUGGACCUCACGGCUCAAGCAGAGUUCAAACGUUCCUCCGAGGACCUUGGCUCGCCGGGAGACUCAGAGAUCUUCAUUGACUCCAGCUCCCGCACCGCCCCAGGAACCUCAGACCAGCCCAGCAGCAGCGGGGGUGGAGGAGGCUGUGGCCGGCAACAACAACAGCCCGCAUCCACCACCACAACCACCACCACCACCACGACUAACAACACCUCCUCCUCCUCUUCCUCCCAGCCCGACGGAGAUCCUCUGUCUGAUGACCUCCCACACUCUAAGCUCAGCCUGGUGCAGCGGGUGUGUGAGCCUCCACCCUCGCGCAGCAGCCCCCUGGCGCUCAACGUGGCUCGCCUCCUCGUCUCACCCAUGCUCAGCGACAUGACCUUCGUGGUGGUGCCGCCGGCCGAUGAUGAGGGGUCACUGUCCUCCAGCCAAGAGGACCUGAAUACCCUUGAGGGGCAGGACACCAGGGUAGGGGGAGGCACCAACAAGGACAGUGAUUGGCCGGAACACUCCACCCCGCCCCAGCCUGGCCCUCCUGCCCCACACCCCACCUCCUCCGCCUCCUCCACCACCGCCGCCACCACCACUGCUGCCUCUGCCAUGCCGAAGGUGUCUUCUACCGUCGUCCGAAAGGUGAAGAAAUCCCUGAGCCUCGACCACCGUCCAUCGGCGCGGGUGCCCAUGCCCUCCCACGCCUACAGCCUUGACUAUGAUGCCAUGAGUUGUGUUGGCGACGGUGGGCUGCCCCCGCCCUCCCCCCGGACCAGGGAGGGCAGCGGCGACAGGGGUGGCACCACCGACACCUCUGGCACCCUGUUAUGUGAUGGUAGUGUUAAGUUGGUCCGCGAGGAGGAGGCGGGGGAGGCUGGCAGGGGAUAUGUGGGUGGCGGGGCAGAGCUGGGGGGCAGGAGCAAGGCCGUGCCCCUCCUGGUGAGCUGUGAUAACACUGAGGGACGUGCAGAACUCUCCUCCAAGGUGACUCAGAGCAGGGAGGCAGCCAGUGACCUUAAGUUCCCAGCAGGACACAGGGGCACAGGGGAACCUCUCAUGGGGGGGUUGAACGAGGAGGAGGGAGGCAUGUGGCGGGAUACAGCCAGACAAUCAAAACAGGAGACUGAGGUGUGUGUCGAGGAGGGACGCAGACCAGGAGAAGCAUACCCAGCCCCCGACAGCACCACCAGGAAGGGGAGACUCACCAAGACCCAAAACAUCGUCAUAGAGGAUGGCGUGACCCCCUCCAAGCUCCCCCAGACCCCAGGCUCCCCGGUGUGCAAGGGGAAGACUGAGGGCUCGGCUUGGGAGGGGGUGGAGCUGAAGGCACACAGGGUAGUGGUGGCGGCGCGCUGCGAGUGGUUCAGGCGAGCGCUGCUUUCCGGCAUGAGGGAGGCCAUCGACAGAUGCAUUGUGGUCCACGGCUGCAGCGUCCACACCUUCCAGCUGCUGCUCCAGUUCCUCUACGCCGGCCACGUGGAGUGUUCCUCGCUGCCCCCAGACCAGCUGGUUGACCUCCUGGUGCUGGCCGACCACUAUGGGGUGGACGCCCUCAAGCUGUUGGUGGAGUCUGGUCUGGAGCAGCAUGUUGACGAUGACUCGGUGGUGCCGCUGCUCACCGUCGCCCACCACUGCAACGCUGCCCACCUCAAGGAGGUGUGUGUGCAUCACUGCGUGGUGAGUGCCGUGGUGCUGGAAGGGGAGACACUCAACCAGCUGCCCGAGGACCUUCGCCACCACCUCACCCUGGCACUGGGCAAACACCGGAAGUGGUGGACAGGAGGUAUCGGGGAGGAGGUGUUGGUUGGGGGCGAGGGGAUGGGGGGCGGGGAGGACAGCCCCCUCUCGGUGUCCUCCACAGACCCCCUAAUAGAUGACCCAGCCAGCCUCAUCCACCCCCUUCAGCAGUGUGGGAUAUGUGACGAUUCCACUGGCGAGGGUGGCGGUGGCGGCAGUGGUGGUGGCGGGGGGGGCGGGGGCAGCAGGCUGGAGGCGGUGGUACAGCAGCUGAGGGAGGUUGUGGGGGAGCAGGUUCCUCGCACCACCCUCGUCCAGAUCACCCUCGCCGCAGACUAUGACCUCAACCGGGCCCUCAACUUCUUCUUCACCUCCUCUUCCUCCUCCUCCUCCCCCUCCUCCUAGUGUGGCAGGGCAGGUCAGGGCAGGUUAGGUUGUGGGUGAGUUCCUGGUGCCUGGUGUGGUGAGGUGGGGUGAGUUUGUUGUGAGUGGUCAUCAGGUGGUAGUAGCUAUCAGUCAUCUACUAAGUCAUUAUUAUUAUUAUCACUGUACAGUCAUCCCUCAAAUAGUACAGUUUUCAAUAGUUCGGUUCCGGUUUAUGUGGAUUUUCAUAGAUUUUUUUAGGAUUUUUUAAUUUCCCGAUGGGCAGGAAAUUUAAAAAUCCUAAAAGAUCUAUGGGAAUCCGUGUAAAACCGAAACCAAACUAUUGAAAACCGUACUAUUUGAGGGACAACUGUAUUAUCUCUGAGGACGACACACAAGCUCUGCCCAAGAAGUACAUCCACGCAUAGUUAUCAUCAACAUUUCUUCAACAUUCCUCCUUCUCCAGAGCUCUUCUUGCCACAUGUUAUUAUUAUUACGCGCAUCACGCCGUCAUCGCAGGUUAUUCAGUGCCCAUCGGCUCCCACUGUGCUACUUAAUCAUUUCCUGCGGGGCAUCAGGGCAGCGUGAUGGUGGUGGCGGGGGUGAGAGGGCCGAGGGGUGUGUCUCAGUCCCUUCCCGUUCCCUCUCUUCUCAUUGUUAUCCCUGUGCGUGGUGGUGCUACGGUCCCUGGGAGGCUGCGUCAUCCCCCCCACCGCCUCUCCGCUGGCCAUGGCACUGUGUUAGCCGUCUGGAGGCCUCCCUGGCACUCUUGUCAUGUUUGCCGGUCGCCCAGAAGCCCAGGAAACGUUCACGUGAUAUUCUAUUUGGUGCCGUGCGUGUGAGGUCGGGAGGGAGUCCGAGAGUUACGUUCUGGAGCUGCCUUCUCCCUCCACUCCCUGUCCCCCUCACCGCCAGGCUCCCCGGACCCGUGAGGACAGCGGGUGGUCGUGGUGGUAUAUGCAAAAAGGGACGUGUAUACAUACUUGUUAGCCGCGCAUCUCACGCUGGCCAUCCCCGGCUCAGCGUGUGCUUGAGUCUAGUGUAGUUUUCAUACGAGAGUAUUUUUCAAUAGACAUACGCUUACAGUAGUCACACAUCUGCUCCCCUUCUGUCUGUCUUCGUCUGUUUGUGGUCCAUUGUAGUGGUUGUUGGGUAGCCAGGACGCCUCUGUCACCCUAGAUUGUGUUUUGUUACUGAUCCGUUGACUGUUUUGUCGUGCCAUUAGUCGUGUGUCCCGGCUCACCAGCCUGGAGCCGAGGGAAGGAAAGGGUCGGCCAAAGACUCAGUGGAGGCGUAGUGUUUGCACUGCCAAGCUGCCGCGGAUGUGGGGAAGAAACAAAAAGAGGCAAUCUGGGGUUUGUCGCCUGGCUCUUAGCUAUGUUGUUCUAGUGGCACUUCAUGUUUCCAACAAGUCCCCUUCAGGUAAAGCACACGGCAGGCAGACAAGACAGGAAUCUCGACCCUUUCUGAAGAGGCUGUCACUGUGGCUCUGGCAGAGGUAAAGGCUCUCUGUGCACUGUUUGACUGAGAUGAUUUGUUUUUGUUCUCACUGUUUUGUUUAACAUGAAAGUUCUCCCAAGCAGAGGCCAGGCACGCCCUGCAAGGUAUGGCAGAAAUACCUGAUCCUGGUAGUUCAGUUUGUGAUUAUUUCUCCUGCCGUGGCAAGGAAGUGGAGCCUUCGGAGGCUUGUGUAGGACAUAAGCUUCUUGACAUGAAGUUUGUGUGCUUGAAAAUUGCUUUAAUUAGUUUUAUGCACAGCCCUGUGUACAAAUGUAUGACUUGUGUAUAAUUUACAAAAACUACAUAACCUAUUUUAUCUUCAUUUUAUUUUUCAGCUUUUUCUAAAUAGCACGUUAUUUAGAAUUGCGUUGAAACGUCUUCCAUUUAUAUUGUGCUUGAUAGGUCCUGCUCAUCACUGCCGCGUAUGCAAGCCAUGGUGAGGCAGCGCAGCGCUCCUGUGGCAGUUGUGUUGCUUAGAAGCCGCCUCCUUUGUUCCUGCCCCUUUACAUGAACACAAGUACAUAGCACCGUUUAUGUAGCGCUGCAGACACUUUGCUUUCAUUAACUUUAUUGGCCUGAAGGAUUUCUGUCACUUAGCGUUGGCAGCCCAGUCACGGCUGAGGCAGUUUUGUCUUCUUAGCAUGCACGGCACGUUUUAAAUAUUUAGAAUCACUUGAUAGUAUUUGUUAGGAGUACCUCAGACUUUUUUUAAUGAGGCUUGAGCUGCUUUGUUAUGUCCUUAGUGCCACAGCCAGUACUUGAAUCCUGCAGAGAAAAAGAUUAGUGAGAGUGAGAGAAGGGAUGAUGGUAAUGUCUCAAUAUCUUCAUAAUGUGAUGACGAGGGAGGUGCAGAGACUGACUCAAAACCCUGCAGGCCAAGACAACUCCAUGGCUCAUUGCUGAAGUAUUGGCCGUCACCUCCUUGCUCAUUACAACAAAAAACUCCAUUACCUGUUCAGAAAAAUGGGUUUAUAAAGAGCAGGCGAUGGUUCAACAGACACGUACAUAGACUGCUGCAGGGCUGAACAUUGAACUGUCACAAACAAGCGAGGUUGCUGGAGGUUGUGUUAAUCUCACUCAUAAUGUGUAAGACAAGCUUGAAACAGGGCAGCUAUGGAGCACAGGUGUGGGCGUGUGAUGGUGUUUUAGUGUAGCCAGUAAUGUGAAGCCGUAGAUCUGUCCAGACUAGUUUUUUUAGACGUCUGUUUGUCGGUUGUUUUCCUUCCUGCGUAGUGUUGACAGGAAGCUCUCUUUAUUUCCAUCAUUUGAGUGUCAGAAGAUAGACUAGUUACCCAUUUUUCCGAACCGUAGGCCAAAGCAUAUCAUUCCUCCGCUCGACCAGUUGUCCGUUGAGCGUCCAGACCCUCGUGGGCCCUAUUUUUACUAGCGUUCCCAGAAGUGAUAGUCUCCUGCCUGCACUCUUCACGUCAGACGUAGUAAUCAAAGCACUUGUUGGCCCAUAUUUUUACUAGCCAGAUAAGACUUUUUUGCCUGAGAAGCUAAAGUAGUUCAUGUACAUAGAUAUAUGCUGUUUAUAUUUGUAUGUUUGUGACACUGUUGUUUUAAGGCACCACAGAGAUGUUGAAUAUAUGGGGCGGCGUACACCACAUCCCAGUGACUGGCCUCCUGUGCUGGCCAAGGCACUGACACACAGGAGCAGGAUGCAUUGGGCUCAACAGUUACUGGUGUGGCAAGAUACAGUCCAAGGGUCUCAGUGAGGUGACUCAGCCUUGGACGGGGGCCUGAAAGUGUUCCCUUCAAGGUGGUGUCACUCCUCCACGUGUCAAGUGUUUGGCCAAGUUCUCCCUUGACAGUGCCUGCAAUGGAGGUGCUCUUGUGUGUCUGCAGAGCCAGUGUGUCGGUUUACUGGGCCUGAGGUGUGGCAGCAGUGGGUGGGAGGAGGUGUGGAAGUGGUUGCCAAGAUGAAAGUUUAUCUGCAGCAAAAGUUAAGCAUAUUUGAUUGUUUCAGAAGGAAUAAAACCCAUCAAGAUGUUGGCAUGAGUGUAGCAGCAGUGUUCUGAGGAAGGAUGGAGUCGUCAUCUCUGUCCUGGAGUGUUGAGUGUUGAGGAGGCAAGAGCACCUCACACAGUGUUGUUUGCUGAUGAGUUGGCAGCUUUGGCCCAAGCCAGAUUGUUUGUGAGUGAUGUCCAAAAGAGGCCAGUCAACUCAGGUGUCUUCAGCUCACCCUUAGAAAAGUGGAGACACCCGGGUUGAUUGGCAUCAUUUGGCCAUCACUCAAGCCCAGUCCAGCUUGGACCACAGCUGCCGGGGUUUGCAGCCAAGGGAGAAAAAGGAGUCCAGACAAUUUUCACCCACUGUUGCCUCAGGUGGUUUGUUCAUCUUGGAAGCUGUUGUCAGCACACUCAAUUUUGCCAGCAUCUCCAUUUCUGUCUGUUUUCCAUGUCUUGUUAAAUGGUUUGUGAAACAGCUGUUGUUCAUGUCAUCCAUCUAUCACUUGUAUUUUUCUCUUCAUUCUUUUUGGUGUGUGUGUAUGUGUGUGUGCAUGCAUGGGUGCAUGUGAGGGUACAGGUGUGCAGGUGUGUGUGUGUGUGUGUAAAAAUACACCCAGUAUUAGUCUGCACACACUUCUCAUCAACCAGAGUCAGCCUUCCCUUCCCUUCCUUCACUUUGUAUUUGGUGACCUGAGUGCUGAGAGAGGUCACUGGACCUGACAGAGAAGGGCGUCACCUCAGCACUAACGUAUUUUUGUAUCAUUCCUUGAUUUUGUUUGAUGUUGGUAAGACGGCCAAACCUUAAUGUCUGCUGUGUUGCCGAGUCACCCGGGAUACACUAAAGUUUAGUUUCUUCUCUUCCACAAGUUUUUUAGUGUACAGCUCAUGCAGAACCAUCCUCCUUGAGUACAGCAAAGUUAAUGUGUAACUAACUGGACCAAGACCUAGUCCGCUUAAGACUUCUUACUGCAUCUGAGAACGUGAGGGACAAACGGCGGUGGCUGGCGUGUCUUUCCACAAACCAGAACACAGUGAGUGUGACUGUUAGUCACCAGCCAACAACAAAACUAAUGUUGAGUACAGUGGAUGUAUUUCAUGUAUUGCAAGGCCUGUAGAAGUGGUCAGCCAUGCACAGGUCAUGCAGCAAAGGUAAUGUGCCGCACACCACACUUGGCGAGCACAGCCACAAGUGGUGGACCUUCAGCAGUGUAACUCACCAAGCAGUGAACAUCCUUGAGCUGUAAUUGGUCUUCAUUACCUUUAGCAGAUUUGAUGACGCACCGUUUGAUUAAUGACCGGACAAAGUUUUGAAAGCCAGCUCAUUCCUGAAGGUGGAUAAAGCUUUAUUUGUGGACCAAAAGAGAAUAUCUUGGUGAAAGGAGUGACUUACUUAUGUGUUUCAGUGUGUUUAUUUUACAUGUUAAUCACGGCCAUUACGUACUUUUUUUUAGUUCUCCAUCCACUGGUCUGAGGUGUGCGACGUGCUCUUAGCACUGCUGUCCUGAGGGAUGGACGGGGUGGUGGUGUGCAGAGCUCUCAGCCCAAGUGUGAUAGUGUCAUUGUGUUGCCAAGCAGGAGCUUAAGAGGCCCUCCUGUGGGGAAGAAAAGUGGUCACCUUUUCUUAUCAGGAUGUUGCCAAACUUUCCUUCUCUCCAUGUCUGCAGUGCCCUUUGUCCUUAAAGAAGGGACACAUUAUCCUUGAAUAUCACUGUCCACUCUUCCAUCAGCCUCUUGUUCUUGUUUUCCUCUGCUAGUUGAGGUAGAUGACCGGGAGACAUUUCACUUUUACCAAGGGAUUGCCUCCGUUCAAAAGUUUCCCCUUUAUGCCGCAGCUUGAUGCCACCGAGCAGCUAAACCCUUCCCCAGAGCAUCAUAACCCGUGCACACUCUCCACUCGCGCACCGCCGCCUGUACAUACAUUCCCACCAGCUGUUAUUACAUCUGUAGCACUCAGCCUCAGCGGCAGGUAAGGCUGUCCUUCUGUCACUCAGCCACUUAUAAAUCUUCCUGUUGCUCUCAUCAUGCUGUUGUGUAUGUGUGCAUAUUGUUGUUGCUCUCGUCUCCCAUGGCACCGGUCCCCCUUGUGGCCACGGGGCAGGGCUGGUCUGUGGCCACCUCUGCCUCCUGGCCGUGUGAUAAAAGGGACCCUCAUUUUGACCUCAGCUGCGGGAGCAUGCUGCUGAGGGCCGGGCCUGAAUGAUACCCAGCACCGCGGCCCCUCACGCACUCCCUCGUAAGAUACAUACAUUCCACGUCUGUUUCCGCCACGCAAGGUGAGAGGGAAGCUGGCCCGGCCCUCUGCCCAUGAAGGCUUGCUGAACCUCACCUCACCGGUGAGGUUCAGCGAGUCUUUGGGUGGCUGGCCAGGGGAGAGACAAUCAGACAAGGUGGCGUCACAUACAUGCCAUGAGGCCAAGGGGCGCCAGGCCCAGCUUCUCCCUCCCUUCAUCCAUCGCCACAGUUUACUGGAUUUACUACAUUGCCAAAGUUUUGAAGGUGGUUUUGGCUGCACUAAAGCCUCACUCUAAUGGCCUUUGACAUGCCAGAACCAUACCUGCAACAUGGUAUAUUUUUGUAUGACAACAACACUUAGUGUACAUGGAAUGUACUGUUGACAAAGUCACACAUUCCAGCAUCCAGUCCUGUUAAACUUUUAAAGCUGAAGAAGUAAUGAUGCGUGCAAUGCAUGAGGCAAGAGCUGAGGCCUGGCCUGUGGUGGGCUGUGCUCCCAGAGUCUGGAGUGAGGCUUUUUUGCAUUGACACCUCGGCCCAUCCCGCUGCUGCCCAGGAGCCGGGCACGCCGGGGUUGCCUUGGCCCGUCUCACUGUCCCGUGUGCCGGGGCCUCACACCCCCGGCUUAGUAAUGUGUACACUGUAAUGAGUAGACCAAUACCACUCCUCUAGGUCUAUGGUUCAUGCCAAAGAGUAAGAUAAUUUGCUAAGCCUGUCUCAUGUCUCCAGCAGUGUUCUUCUGCUUGCUGAGACUGUGAUGAGUUUCUGUUGUAUUGUUACUAAUUUUUUUUACUGCUUCUCGUGUCCUCUCGGAGUCAUCUCGGUGUUGAGUGCUGCCGCUGCCGGCUCUUUUCGUAUUCGUUUUGGUUUGUUAGAUUAUUAAAAUGAAGCCCAUGAAUAAAUAUUUUAAAGGUC